AUGAAACUGUUUGCCACCAUUGGAGUUCUGCUCGUGGCUCUUCUGGCCUUCUUUGUCCAGCCUGCACAGGCCGAGCCCGACGCCGAAAUCACCCACAAGGUCUACUUUGACAUCAAGCAGGGCGAGGAAUCGCUCGGAAAGAUCGUCAUGGGUCUGUACGGAGACGUGGUCCCCAAGACCGUGGAGAACUUCCGAGCUCUGUGCACCGGCGAGACCGGCAAGGGCUACAAGGGCUCCAAGUUCCACCGAGUCAUCAAGAACUUCAUGAUCCAGGGCGGAGACUUCACCCGAGGAGACGGCACUGGAGGCGAGUCCAUCUACGGCCGAAAGUUCCCCGACGAGAACUUCCAGCUCAAGCACACCAAGCCUUACAAGCUGUCCAUGGCCAACGCCGGCCGAGACACCAACGGCUCCCAGUUCUUCAUCACCACCGUGGUUACCAGCUGGCUCGACGGCAAGCACGUUGUCUUUGGCGAGGUUCUCGAGGGCCAGGACAUUGUCGACGCCAUUGAGAACGCCCCCACCGGCGCUCGAUCCAACCCCAAGGUCGACAUCACCAUUGCUGACGCCGGAGAGAUCCCCGUGGAGAAGUCCGAGACCAAGGAGGCUGAGCCUGCCAAGGAGGACGCCAAGGAGCCCAAGGAGGACGUCAAGAAGAAGGGAAAGUCCGACAAGGAUGAGCUCUGA